AUGGCAUUGACGUCAUCAAAAAUAAUACCGGCUCGGUCGUCGCCCUGGAAACCAAGCGACGAGCAGGCUGUUGGCAAACUGACGCAGACAGCAAAAAGUCGGCGAUCAGAACUGCUCAUUGCCCUCAGCCAGCCGGUGUGCGUGGCAACACAACGACGGCUGAUGAAGACCGACGCAACGACGACGAAGAUACCAGUCAGCUACAGAUUCGCUACCCGUUCUGAACUAAGGAAGCAGACACCGCGAUGCGAUCAUAUCACGUCAGAAAAGGCUUCACGAGAAAAGAAAGAACAAGUGUUAGUUGACGAGGCCAUAAAGUACCAACUCGACAUUCUUGGGCUCUCGUCAACAAAACGCCCAGGCUUCGGACUCCUGAACCUCAAUGGAUGGAAGCUGUUCUACUCAGGCGUCGAUAUCACAACUCGCACUCAGGCCGGUGUUGGCGUUCUGGUAGAACCCAACCUUGCCAAUAGAAUAAUCGUUUGGAAGCCUAUCACCGGCAGGGUGGUAAUCCUCCGACUGAAGCUACAACAGGCUAACUCGAUCACCUUGGUACAGGUCUAUGCGCCCAAUGUGGAAGGAGAAUAUGAGACCUUCCUUGAGGAAGUGCAGUGUGCUCUGUCCGAAGUGCCGAAUACAGGGUCCUUCAUACUGAUAGGCGAUUUGAAUUCGCACGUCGGAGUAAACGCUGAAAAGUGAAA